GAUGUUGAGCAGCGGUCCAGCGCCACCACAGUCAGUCGAGUCACAGUACCUGGCGCAGGAGGACGUUUCACAGCCCUCUCCCGUGAUCCGAGUCUGUGACAAUUCCUGGACUAUCUAUCGCGCGGGAGUCUUUAUAUCUGUGAUCGAGAGUGGAAGGCUAGCGAACAGGUGCAGAUAGUGUGGGGGUGAGGAAGGAGUCCCACGAUGGCUCCUGCUACAAUACUGAUGGCAGGGCGAGGUAAACUUGCUCUACUCCUGAUCGUCUCUGGCUUUGGUCUCGGCUGGACGCGCACUCUCUGCAAACGAGCCAUCCCUGGAUGCACAGGUCCUGACUGUACAGAAGAGAUCGAGUGUUUUCACGGUAUCUGUGACGAGGAGGGCAACUGUGAAUGUCUUCCCUGCUACUCCGGGGCAAGCUGCUCCACCUAUGACGACAAAUAUGGGCCGCGCUUUGCUAUCCGUGAAGACAUAGUCAUCAUAAUGGCCCACCACAGUGGUGUGGUGUACAAGGCAGUGGCAGAGGACGAGGACCUGGGCCUGACGUGCCCUCUGGGGCCGGGCAUCAACACCCGCUGCCCCUGUGCCACCAUCCACUACACUAUCUACGACAGCAACAAGGAGGUGCACAACCUCUUCACCAUCCACGAGACUUCUGGCCUCAUACUUCUUCGUCCCUCGGCAAAAUUGGAGCCCGGAAGACACUAUAAUGUGGAAAUUGUUGCUUCAAACACCAACGACUCCAAGAGGGAGCCGGACCACCCGAUGUUCGACGUUCAGGUCCUUACUGUGGUCGUCCACAAGGACGAUACGCUUCAGGAUCUUCUUCAUCAGGAUGUGCUCCCUGACAAUGUGCCAAUGGUUAACAACGUCGUCAGCGACACUGUAGGCAUCGGGUACGACGGGCAGGAGCAGGACGACAAUGACCCCCAACACCAGAGCGACGACGACACCGCUAACACCAGUAACGACAACGACCAGAGCCGGGAAGAGACUCAGAGCGGCGACGAAAGCCUUCAAAGCAGUGACCCAAGCAGCGUUCAAAGUAACGUUGAAAGCCAUGCCCAAAGCAGCUUGUCCAAGAGCCGGUACGAGGAACACAGCUACUCCAUGGCUGGGGCACCGUACCACAGCAGUCCUCUGAACGACUACACGGACAUAGACGACAGCAGUCUCAUGGAACCCGAGACCCUUGUCAGGAAAAAGAGAUACGCUUCUGGUCCAACGGGGAGCAUCGGUGACGCUAACCUGACCCUGACCUUAACAUCACCAUCCAUCAGCUCUCUCCAGCCCGGAAACACCUUGGCCUACAGACUCGACAUAGCUCUACCGGUUCUCACAACGGCAAUCGACCUGGUGGCGGAAAUUUUCGUGAUGGAUGCUGUGUCUGGGAUCACCCCCUUCGCCCUGUGUGAUGUGACUGUCACCACCAUCGGGUCCAAAAUCACUGACGCGACGGGGGCCGCUAUCACUCCCAGCGCCAUCCCCGUCGUCAACAAACUCAAUGCUAACUUUGGCACUUUUUACGACCGGGCGGUGAUCGACUUCGGCCAAGUGAAGAAUGGUGCCACGUACAGCGCCGGCCAGACGGACUUAUCGGACAGCACCAUCUCCAUCACCUUCACCGCCACCCUCAUCACCAACACGGCCUACACGAACAACACAGUCGUCAUCACCGCCGGUGCUGAGUACGACAACGAGUCCAUGGUGUGGGUCAGCCAGGAGACAUACUCCUACAGUAUGGCUACGGUAACGUACCCGCAAGCUGUGACCUUGACAUCUCCGGCCUCCGUGGCGCAGUACUCUGGCGGAAGCUUCACCAUCACCGCCUUCAUCACCGACCCCUUCGACCAGUUCCUCCUAGAGGUCUAUACCGUCGACCAGAUAUAUGACAGGUUCACCGUGUCUCAGGUCUUCCUGCUGUCCCAGGGGGCAAACUUCGCCUGUAUGCUGCCGAACAACAUAGUGACGACAUACUAUGACUCUGUGUCUGGAAAGACAGUCCACCGGGCGACCUUCUCCACCCUGCUUAUUGCCAAGUUUCUGGACUACAGUGCGCUAACAGCUGCCGUCACAGACACCAAUUACCAGUUGGUAUUUGGAUUCAACAUCUUCGUAACGGACGCUCAGGUGGGCGACGUGCUGAACGUUGGAGUUGGCAUUGUCGUCGGCACGAGCACCGUCUGGUCAAGCACUGCCCAAGUCUCCGUGACAGCUGGAGCUGCCCCUGUGUCCUCUGCAGCCACCUGGGGCACGGUUCAGCCAGUAACAUCAACUGCUGUUGCCCUGCAAGGAACAGCCACCUGGGGCUUCACGGUGACGAUUCCCAGCGGACAGAACUCCCUUGUCGACUGUACUGCUACUCCCGGCGCCGGAGCCAGUGUGUGUGGCUUCAACUACGGCUUCGUGGGAGCAAACAUAGCGUUCAUUCCCAAGCUGUACGAAAACGUUGUAAAUGGCAGUAGUGGAUCAUUGAGCUUCAGCCUUAAUUUCAACUCGACCGGCGUUUUUACAACUACUGGCGCCAAUGACAUAACCUUCGAGGUGUCGGUGCAGUACUCCACCGCCACUCCCCCCACCACCUCUCUCAGCUGUGUGGGUGGCGUGUCCGGCACCCUCACGGCCACCAGUGGGACUGCCGGCACGGGUGACAUGAGCGGUACGGUGAAGUCUCUGGUAACUGAUGUCACGUGGUACGCUGGGUCACAGGCGGGACUUCUCGUCACACUCAACUUUACAGGAGGGGGAGUGCCGUACUCCUCGCUGGUGCUGGAGGCCGCAGGAGACCUGAGUAAGACCACUUGGGGCGCCAGGGCCUGCAACGCCAGGGUGAUCUCUGCAGGCAAAGCUGUUCCCUGCAUCGCCGGCUCCAUGGGCUUCACCAACGACGCGGUCAUCCUGCAGCCAGCAAUGAGCACCUCAGUGUUUAACGACGGCAUUGAGAUGAGUCUUGGACCAGGGUGCGGCACCAACAGGAUCUCGCCAGGAAGCCCAAGUGACUAUAUGGUUAAAAUUAUGUUAACUUACGACUUGCCACCUCUCCAGCCGGCUGCUGUAGCCGGGGCGUUUAACCUAAGUGUCGGCAUCAGCUUGGCCAGUAGUCUCAUCUGGACCGGAUGGGAGUCGUUCACGUACACAGCUGCAGCGCCAACCGGGACUCCUGCUGUGGUGUUCGCCAUCUCUCCGGUGCCCACAGUCACCACACUCACCCCUGGAGUUCCAACGCUCGUUCAAGUUUUGCUCAAGAUUCCACCGGGAUCAGUUGGCACUUAUACAAUCGUCUUCUCUGUGGACAACGUCUUAAUUAUCAGCCUGUGCAAAAUUAUAAUUAUGAACGUUGGUGCUAACUUCCCGUGUGUGGAUAGUAAUCCAUACUUCAAGGAGACUAUCCCCUAUCAACCCACCACAGUGGUUCAUAGCCCCACAGCCUGGGGCCUCUCUGCUACUCUCAACUUUGGGGUUCUACGUAAUCUGGGGAAUGGGUCCUUGUACCCGAGCAACAUAGGGGACGACGACUCGAUAGUGAUGGGCGUGUUGAUGAAGGGCGUGACCGCGGGCACGGGGACCCUCACCGCCACCUUAUCCAACUUCGGGGCCGUCGUCACCCCAUCUACCACCAUCUUCACCGUCUCGUCCACCCCGCCCAAUACGGGUACAGUCAUCAGUGUGACGGUAGCGGGCGUGGACGGCACCGCCACCGCUUACGAGGGAGUCAUGAAAUUGGUGGACUUCUCGCUGGCUGUUCCUGUAGGCUACGGCAAGGACGUCUCCGCUACCAUCACCAACAACGAUGCUGCCACCUUCUCUAUCUGCUUCGCUGCCGUCUACUCGGCCGGAGUGAACCUGCCCUGUCUCAUCCCCUCUGAAACCACCUCGAACAAGACGGUGAGCACGCCGGCACAAGAGGUGAUGGAUGUACAGUUGAAAUCCGUCUGUUAUUACCCAAGCACAAACAACGUCUCCGACAGCGUGGCUGUCCUUCGGGUAGGCGCCAUGUUUCUACCCACCUUGGGUACAACGGCUACACUUUCCUUCGUCCUCACCGAGAAUGGGGUGGCGCAGGCGCCUGUGACUUUCGUCAUCACCAAGACAGCGACGGCCUUCAACACCACCGUCAACACCACCGGUAUGAUGAUUCAGCCGGUCAAUAACGGCACUCAGUAUGUCACUCCUGGGAUGAGGACUUGGAUCGGAAUCGCUUUCACGAUUCCCAGGGGUGUCACUACUAAUGUUGAGGUCGCCGUGAUGACCCCGACGGACUCCGGCCGCGCCUACGCCACCGUCCAUGGCUUCAGGUUCGACACGAGCUUGGCAGGCAAGAACCUGGGGUGUCUGCUCAGCAACUGCAUGUACUACAACCCGCUCAUCAUACAGAACUCCUCGACUGUGAUACCCAUGAUCCACGAGUCCCAGACGGACACCCUCAGCACCAACCUCAUGUACAUCACCAACACAGAGCUCACCUACAUGUAUCACACGUAUCAAGUCCAGGACGACCAGAUGUGGUUUGAGGCAGACAUCUGGGUGGCGGACCACCCCAACGCCACCACCGGUAGCAUCAUCAACAUCAACUUUGCUGUCAAGGCGGGGAACAAAAUCUUUGUGAUCGUCAUUCCACUCACUCUGGAUAAGACCGCAACGCAGAUAUUUAAGAUCGUUACUGAUAUCUUCUUAACCGAUAACACCACUACACUCUUUUCUCAAAAUAACCAGGUGGGACUGACACUACGAGCGUACCACGUCAUUAACGAGUCGACGCAGGAGGUCAACAAUGCCGCUGUGAGGCUACUGAAGCCUGUGUACCUCGGGAUGGUUCCUGGUGUUGAUGACUGUGUUGCAAAUAUUACGGGAAAUCUCACCAAAUUGGAUUAUAUUGAUUAUGAUUUCGACUACCUGUUCUUCACGGACAUCCUGGAGAUGAACUGCACGUUAACAAUGGACCCCAAUAGCACCAUGCCCAAGGGCUUGGGAGUCGUCAACGCCACCACGCUGAUGAGAAUCGUCGGCUGCAGCAACACCAACCCGACCCUCAUGUACUGCGGGAACACUUCCUAUGUAUCCUACCAGCUGAACGGCAUUGAUUGCACAGACCCGCUGGGAGCACCUACCUUCACCGCCUGUCAGGUGACUGCGUCGUCAGCUAUAGACUCCACUACGGGACCUCUUACAGCCUUCACUGGCCCAGGGUGGAGUCCCCCGGUGCGCGCCGGAGCCCAGUGGGAGGAGUACAUCACCCUGGACUUCCUGAGGGUGACCCGGGUCACCAGGAUCACCAUGCAACAGGUCGCAGGGACGCUCUCCGUCAGCACCUUCAAGUUGCAGUACUCCAGCAGCGGCCAACUCUUCGUCGACGCCUGUGAUGUGGUGAUAUCUGUGCCGACCAGCGGGGUCGUCGACCUCCCAAGUGAGUGCCGGUUCGAGUCUCGUUUUGGACGACUUAUCAUCCUCAGUGUCAGCAGCAGUCUGGGUGGUGCUGCUGUUCCCACUGGCACCACGCCCGUGGCUGUAAGAUUCAGUGACUGGUACGGGUGUUACCUGAGCAACACCUCUAGUGUCUGCCCGGGCACUCUCUCCACUAUACUGUCCACCGACGCCACCAGAUGGCGUCACGCCGCCUACGACGCCGCCAACGCCUUCCUCUACUUCUGCGACGUCGACCUCAUCGCCAGCAACGGUCUAAAGUGCUUCUGCACUGCCGACGGUGCAACCUGGAACGCUUUACCCUCGUAUAUCGGGCGACUGGUCGGGUUCGACGCCGCCACUAAGAUGAUGUACGCCGUGGACAAGAAGGGGAUGUCGAUGGUAAGCAGUAGUGACUGUGUCAACUGGUCGAUCGUCGCCACGGCCACGGCCGCCACCGUGAACACCACAGUCACGCCGCCCACGGCAGUGCCAGGCAAGGCUGCUGCCUCGCUUGGCACCGUUACUGUCGGAGGCACCUGGACAGCUGACUUCACCGGUCUUCUCCUGGGAGGGCAAUACAAGGCCAAGUGGGCCAACUGCUGUUCAUAAACGUCCCUCCUCCCCCCCCCCUUGCCCUUCACAACCCCCCCCCCCCUCACGCAUCCAUCACCCCCCUCCUCCCUCACACCCUCCAUCACCCUA